CUUGGCUGAGCGCCCCCUCGCUCGAACAACCGGAUCGCACGGGGUGACGUCCGAGGGAUCAUCGUAGGGAUAAGGACACGGCCACCAUGGCGGGGGCGACCAGAGACAACACGCGCGUGAGCCCGUCGUUUAAGAUGAACGCGCUGCUGGUGUACUGCGCCCUGGUCGUCGACGUCUUCGUCGCCGCGUACGCGGACAUCACGUACGGCUCUACGUCCCAGGUGGACGUCAUGGCCACCAUCUUUCAGAUUUGCUCCUUCUUCCUCACCGUGAUGUGCCUGUACAACAUGAUGUCGGAGACGCAGCUGGUCAAGAGGGCGAUGUUCUUCAAGCUCGCGGACGAGUUUGCGCCCGCGGUGUUCCUCACAUUCCUGUACUUCGUCUUCAUCCUCGCCACGCGCUUCUACAGGCUCGGGCUCGUGUACCAGAACUACCCACACCUGCAAAUCUGGAACGAGAGCGCUUUCACCGGACUGUACAUCUUCACCAAAAUCGUCCAGGUGAUGUACUACUCCACGGUGGUGUGGUCGAUGCAGAAGCUGUUGGCGUCGCCCGAGCUGUUCAGGAGUUCGCAGAGUAGCUUUCACUCCGUGUACCCAGCCAACAACUGAACACAGUCUACCAUCGGGGACACGGGAGAGAAUAAAACUAUAGUAGUCUUAGCAGUUGACAUAGAGAGGCCAUCUAAU